UUGGUGGUACUGUGGGCACGCAGUACGCAUGUCCCGGACCAAGCACACGCUCGCCGUCGUCAACGGUUCGGGCCUUUCGGGCAUCCUUCGUGCGGAAACGUGUGGAUGAGGUAGUAGUUUUUCAUCCUGGCAGAUGCGCAUUUGCAGAACGAUUUCCGAUUUGGAAUUCGAUCGGUUGCCGUGUCAAGUGGUGGACGGAAGUUGAAAUUCAGUGGAAAUUUUCUCCCAAAUUUACUGUGCUGGAUAGCCCCUUUUCAAACUCCUAAACCUUCGGGUGUGAACAGUUUAGCACCGCAAAGUCCUUGCCCAUAAAAUCUGGUAUUUCCAAGAACUUUUCAUUGUUGAGUGAAAUAAAGUGAAUAGUGCAAGCAUUUGAUCUAGUAAUAGCAAGGACUUUUCUCGUGUUACGUGAUAGAUUUUUCUUUUCGUCCAAAUAGCAGUUCUUGAAAAAAGUUUACUAGAAAACGUGAUAAAGAAAAUCGGAAACAAGAAGAAUUCAAUUUAUCUAAACGAGGAAUCCUCGUAAUUGCAGUGAAUAUGUUUUCCGGAUUAACAAACCAAGUCAGCUCAUGGAUUGGAGCUGCCAAAGGCGAACCACAGGACGAGGAGGUUCCAACACCCCCGAAUUCCGCUGCAACAGCUACGACGACGACAACGACAACAGCCCCUCCACAGGCAGGAGCAGACACAGCUGCGGCCCCUCUAGGAGAUGAAGGUGACAAAAGCCCAACCAAAAGCGGUGUAUUUUCUGGCGUAUCGUCAAAAGUGACAGGUUGGCUCGGAAAUGCAUCUAUGCCGUCAAUGCCCGCGAUGCCAUCCAUGCCAACGGUUUCAAUGCCAGCGAUGCCUGCGAUGCCUUCCAUGCCCUCAAUACCCGGCCUACGUAAGCAAAACCAGGACGAAAACGGUGGCAUCACGAACGAAGGCCUAGCCACAUCGCCAGAAAAGACGAAUCAAGGUAUAGCCGCCGGAGCGACGGAUGCAGCCGACGACGAAGACCGGUCCAGACCACAGGAAAGUGCCACAGGAGGAGCUGAUUCUCGUCCCGCCACAGGCCCCGGAACACCAACAGACGAAAACGCCGGACAAAUUGGUCAAGUUACCCACAAAGUCACAGCUGGAGCCAAAUCGAUCGGGUCGUUCCUGUAUUCAUCGUUCAAUAAGGCCGGUGAUAAAAUUAAACACCUAAAGGAUAAUACCCUUCUCGGCGAGUUCAACAAAGAGCAGGAAGCAUUCAUUAAGAACCAGCAGGGAGGCAGCGGUCCAGGUGCUUGCCCAUGGACCGGUCACGCAAACGAAGCCAAAAUUAAAGAAGAAAUCCUCAGUCUGUCAGCGGAUCGUCGGAACUUUGUGCGAGCACCACCAGCCGGGGUUGAGUUUGAAUUCGAUUAUGAUGUCUCUUAUCCCAUUGCGUUAGCCAUCAUGAACGAGGACAAAGAGCUAGAGAAAAUGCGAUUUGAACUAGUACCUAAAAUCAUCACGGAAGAGAACUUCUGGCGCAACUACUUCUACCGUGUUUCUCUGAUAUGCCAAGCAGGAGAUCUGGGUACGCUAGGUGACAAAAACGAGUUCGUCAGGCGAGGAGUCAGUGAAGAUACAGAGGAACCACCAAUAAGUCGCGAAACAGUGAAAGAGCCAAUUGUUUCGAGUACAGGCGAAAAUGCUGACAAAAAGGUGCAACCGUCGGUGAAUGAAACGGAAUUUGUGUCGGAAUCGUUCAAAGCUAGUGAAGAAGCUCUCGAAGAAGUGAGAGCCGAUAUGAAAAAGCUCGGAAUCGAUACUCUUGUCAAGCAGGCUAGCGAAGGCAUUGGUAAUGCUGCCGAGAAAAGUGAAGAGCAAUGGGAAAAGGAUUUGGAAGCGGAGCUGCAGGAUUACGAAGUGGUAAACGAUGGAAACGAUCGCUCCAACUGGGAGAAAGAUGUGGACGAGCUGUUGGACGACGAAACCGAUUUGAAAUAAAAUAAAUGUUUCAAUCAGUUGCUUUGUAACGUGAUGAAUUGUACUGUAAAUAAGUGAAUGAGGUCUGAUAAGAUUAAUAUUUAGUGCUUAUAGGUAAAAGUUUUGUUGUAGAUUCAUUCUCCGUUUAGUGGUGAUCCGAAAUCAUUUUCACAUUUUUCAAUUAUCGCUUAUUUAGUUUAAGUAGAUGAACUGAUUUUUGGUGAAAAUAAUUCCUUUUUUUAUACAUUAAAUUAACUGUGAUUAUGUCAGUUUGUUAUGACUAGCACUUAUUUUUACUGUAAGGGCUUAUAUCUAUCUGAGGAUUAUGAAGAAACGCGCUGAAGGACACAUCGUAUUACAAAGUAAUUGAUCCACAUAAAGCUAGAAAUCAGGUCUAAACAGAAAUAAAAAUCGAAGCUUCAUCUAGCACUCACCAUUUAUGAUGAGAUUUUGACGAACAACAAAGUUAAGUAUGACGUCAUUCGAUUUUUCAUUGUCCUUCUGCUGAAAGCACGAACUUUUCUUUUCCUCCAAUUUGUUACUUUCCAAUCUUCUAGAAUAUACAAGCGUGCAGCAGUCCAACAGCCAUUAUUUGAAAAGGUUUUAAUAAAAUACUUCUUCCAAAGAAACUUUUAAUGAGUAUUCAAAUGAUUCUCACUCGGUUUUCCAAUUGUAUUGCUCUGAAAACGACUUAGCAACUUAUAAAUAGUAAAAUGUUGUACGGUACUCAGACUGGUGAACAUUCUCAUACCGGCGAGAAAAAGAACGUUUUACCUAAUCUAUCAUUGUUCAUGUAUUAAAACACCGAGCCCUUUAACGUGACAUGGAAACUAUUGAAACUAAUCUACUGUACUGUAAAAUAGUAAUCCCACUACACACACGAAAUAAGUUCAUAAAUUCAGAAACCGAUGUUUAGCUACGGUAAAAUCGCUGUGAAUUAUAAAUAACCAAACCCAACCAGACCUGACUCUUGAUCAUUAGACCAACUUCAACAUCUUCAGUCAAACUUUUCGUUCCUUCUCAUAACCAUUCUUCAAUCUAGGACACUUCUUUAACAUUUCCAAAUAAAAAAAAAUGAUUUAUCACAAGAAUUUGCUGAAAAGUGACGAUACUUCAAUCCAUUUUACGAAAUUAUACUGAUCAUGCAACACUUCUUCCAAAAAAAAAUUCUCUACGAUUAUUAAAAAUGACAAACGAAGCAGAAUUAAAUAUAACGUUUAUAAAAGGCUAAGAGGCACUUGAACGAAAAAAAAAACACAACACAAUCUAACGUGAGAACUUAAGAACACUAAUAUCAAACACAGACAAAAGAAAGAAUAAGAAACAUUUCAUCGCACAGAUUUAGAGAAAGCAAAAGACAAACAGAAUUACACAAACAGAAGGUUAGCCUAGUCGACUUUUCGUUUUUCAUAAAACAAAUUCUUGUUCAUUGUAAACAAAUGGAACGCCGUACAGCGCCGAGGGGCAACGCUGUGCGCAUCUUUAAAAUACGAAAAACCAAACUAAUUCCACACAACUCAAACUGCUGGCAAAAGGCAUCCCACUAAACAACUCGAUCUGUUCAGUAGUGACUCUUAAUGUUCGAUCGAGCCGGAAGGAGAUGCUGCAGUUUUUAGAUAUUUAACAACCAGCAAUCAACAAUUGUUUUCGGUUCUUUUCCUCUUUCGUUGAUCUUCAAUCUCUUCAAACUCGUGAAUCCGACGAAAUUAUGGAUGCAUUGUAUUCUGUAUUUAUUGACAACUGGAAAUAAGAUUGUUUGAUAUAUUGAACUAAAUAUAAAUAUACAUAUUACGAUAUACUACCGAAUAUAUAGCAUUAAUAUGUGUAAGAAAUCAGUAAUAACAGUAAAUAAAAUAAAAAGAGGGAUAUUGUGAACAUUCAAUGAA